GUCUCUCUAAGGGUCUUAAAAUCCAAGUGUACGGAGUAUAGGGCAGUCCAACCAUCUGCUAUUCGAUGUCGACGCCUUCCUCCUUGCUAGCGCUUCUGAGACUCGACGCCGCUCCCAGGCUACCUUCGCCAUGAUGGAGCUGAAAACGAUUCGCAGCGAUUUGACGAGCAUCAAGUCUCGACUUGAGAAGUUACAACCGACCGUAAGCCUCCGAUCGCUCGUCUUUGUGGCUUUAGCGACUCUUUUUCUCCCAGUGUCGACAACCUUGUUGUUCAUGAACUACGUUUACAUCUUCCUGUCCGGGCGAUGGAUCUUCGUGAAACGAUCCACCAAGACAAACAAUCCACCUGUAAAGACGGUCUUGCUGAGUGGCAUCAAUACGGCGCAAGGACUACGGCUCGCCAGAGCAUUUCACCAAAAUGGGCACAAAGUGGUCGGCCUCGACUACGAACCAAUGUGCAUUCCAAUCCAUGUCCGAUUUUCCAAAGCCUUGACCCGUUUCUAUCGCUUGCGCCCCGUGCCAGAACAGCGACGAGCUCUGGCAUACAUCAGGACUCUCAACUACAUCAUCGAGCAAGAUAAUGUCGACAUAUGGAUCAACUGCACCCCCGGUGUGGAACCAACUGUGGAAGGCCACGCUCGAACAGUCAUCGAGAAGACGACGAGCUGUCGCUGUUUCGCCCUUCGCAUGGACGACAUGCCUCAUUUCGCGUCCCGAACCACCUUCUUGGCCUGGUUGAAAAGUAUGGAUCUGGCGGUUCCCGAAAUGCACAGCGUCAAAUCCCGGGAUGAGGUCCACCAGGUGCUGAGCAAGUCGCGCGGCGGUACAAAACGGUACAUGCUCUACAGUUCUGAACACGGACAAUCAGCAGGAGUCGAAGUCAGCUCCGUGAGGACGCUUCUGCCUCGCCGGACGCUGAGUCAGACCUACCACACCAUAUCACUCGUCCCCAUAAAAAGAACCAGCUCGGAGCUUUGGAGACUCGAGCAGAUUACGGACGGGCUGCCCAGGUAUUCGGCCUUUGCGGUCAUCGUUCGAGGCCGCGUCACAGCCUUCUCGGCAACCAGAAGGAGAAGUCAGGAUUACCUCGAACCAAUCGACCCCAAAGCCGCACUGGCCCGGUCGUUUCUUCGCAGCUUGCAGACUUUCGCAAAUCACCAGGGCGACGAUUUCACAUCCCACGUCGGAUUCGACUUUUGCGUCGACGAGCAAUUCACAGAUGGCGGAGUGGUGCAAAACAUUCUGGUUCUCGGCACCUCAAUCGAAUCUCUGGCCAGUAUGUUGUCUUUUCGAGGGGCCAUCGCCACCGAAUCAUUGUGUCGCGCGUACUUAUCCCUUCUUUCCGACGAUGUGGAUGAGAAGAGUAUGAUGAUUCUGGAUACCCAGAAUAGCUCAUCCACACUCCUCCAAGGCCUACAGGAUUUCUCGGCCCCUGAAAUUAUCAUUAUUACGCCGGAUUCGCUGGCGGCCCCUAUCUACUGUUUUGGCCGAGACUUGCUGAAACUCGGAUAUGUACCUUUGUCAAAUUUCCUGAGUUUGAAAUCCACGUGUACAUCUGCGGAUGUUUUGAGGAAUUGGCUCUCUCUUCUGAAACACUUGGUGUUCUGGCAGGACGACAUUUAUGAGACCCACGACCCAAUGCCAUUCUGGUGGUCAUACCAGGUCUACAAGCCCCUCCGGCUACUUUUUGCUGUUUCUGAGAGCCCGGAUCAACCAUGA